AAGAGAGAGAGAGAGAGUCCCAUAGCUUUAUAGUUGAAGUCUUAUAUUUUUCCCACUCACAACAACACAAGAAAUAACAACACUCUCUCCUUCGUUUCAUUCAGAUGUCCGCGCCUAACCACUUAGGCGGCUCCGAUCACUUCGCCACCUGAUCUUCCUCCCCCUUCUUCUGAUUCGUGUUGGAUCACAUAAGCAAUAUAUGGAGAUUCGUAUUGUCAGGGGUGUGAUUUUUUCAAGUAUUGUUCAAUUUGGUCUCUAAGAGUCUCAGCUAGUGUUUUUGGAUUCCAUCUAUUUCAAUAGCUCAGAUUAGGUUUAUUUAUAUCUUUUCAUGUGGGGGCAAUAGAUGAUGGAGUCCUGCGAGUGUAUAGACACACCGUAUCCCCCAGAUGAACUUCUUGUAAAGUAUCAAUACAUCUCUGAUGUUCUAAUUGCGCUCGCGUAUUUCUCGAUUCCCGUGGAGCUUAUCUAUUUUGUUCAGAAAUCUGCUUUCUUUCCAUAUAGAUGGGUUCUUAUGCAAUUUGGGGCUUUUAUUGUUCUUUGUGGAGCAACUCAUUUCAUAAACUUGUGGACAUUCUCUGCCCACUCUAAAGCUGUUGCUGUUGUAAUGACGAUUGCUAAAGUGUCCUGUGCUAUUGUGUCAUGUGCUACUGCGUUGAUGCUUGUACACAUUAUUCCCGAUUUGUUGAGCGUCAAAACCCGUGAGUUGUUCCUUAAGAACAAGGCGGAAGAACUUGACAGGGAGAUGGGACUUAUUCUUACUCAAGAAGAAACCGGAAGGCAUGUGAGAAUGUUGACUCAUGAAAUAAGGAGCACACUUGAUAGGCAUACUAUUCUAAAGACUACUCUUGUGGAGCUUGGUAGGACUUUAGGGUUGGAGGAAUGUGCAUUGUGGAUGCCAUCAAGAAGUGGGUUGAAUCUUCAACUUUCCCACACUUUAACUUAUCAUGUACAAGUUGGUUCUACUGUGCCAACAAACCUUCCUAUUGUCAAUGAAGUCUUCAAUAGCCCGAGAGCUACGCGUAUACCACAUACUUGUCCACUUGCCAGGAUAAGACCUCUUGUUGGAAGAUAUGUGCCACCUGAAGUUGUUGCUGUUCGUGUGCCGCUUUUACAUUUGUCAAAUUUCCAAAUUAAUGAUUGGCCCGAUCUUUCAGCAAAAAGCUUUGCAAUCAUGGUUCUCAUUCUCCCUACUGAUAGUGCUAGAAAGUGGCGAGACCAUGAGCUGGAGCUUGUCGAUGUUGUUGCAGAUCAGGUAGCAGUUGCCCUUUCACAUGCUGCUAUUUUGGAGGAGUCUAUGCGAGCCCGGGAUCAACUCAUGGAACAGAACGUUGCUUUAGAUUUAGCUCGGCGAGAGGCAGAGAUGGCAAUUCAUGCACGCAAUGAUUUCCUUGCAGUCAUGAAUCAUGAAAUGCGGACACCAAUGCAUGCAAUUAUAGCAUUGUCGUCACUUCUUUUGGAAACUGAACUGACUCCUGAGCAGAGGGUUAUGAUAGAGACUGUAUUGAAGAGUAGUAAUGUUUUGGCGGCACUUAUAAAUGAUGUUCUAGAUCUAUCCCGACUGGAAGAUGGGAGCCUUGAAUUAGAAAUGGGAAAAAUCAACCUUCAUGGUGUUUUGGGGGAGGUCAUUGAACUGAUAAAGCCUAUAGCAUCUGUGAAAAAAUUACCUAUGACUUUAAUUUUGGCCCCUGACCUACCUACCCAUGCCGUUGGUGAUGAAAAGCGGCUUAUGCAAACUCUUUUAAAUGUUGUUGGUAAUGCUGUCAAAUAUACUAAGGAGGGCUAUGUUUCUAUAAGAGCUUCUGUUGCAAAACCAGAAUCCUUACAGGAUUGGCGACCUCCCGAGUUUUAUCCAGUAUCAAGUGACGGUCAUUUCUAUAUACGAGUCCAGGUUAAGGAUUCUGGAUGUGGGAUUCCCCCGCAAGAUAUUCCGCAUCUCUUUACCAAGUUCACUCAAUCUCAGAGUGGACCAGUUCGAUCUAGCAGUGGUUCAGGUCUUGGGCUGGCCAUUUGUAAAAGAUUUGUAAAUCUCAUGGGAGGUCACAUAUGGAUGGAAAGUGAGGGUCAUGAUAAAGGAAGCACAGCUACAUUCAUAGUCAAACUCGGGAUUUGUGGCAAUCCAGAUUCAUCUGAUCAUCAAGCUGCAAGGAGAGGCCAAGCAUAUAGUGGAAGUGGAGGCCUUGCUAGAUUUAAACACUUAGUCAAAGAUGACGACGACAUAGGUUUUUCUAAUAGACGCAAUCAAAGAAGUUUCUAAUAUCCAAAACCAUAACUCUAAAAUUUAAUAUCUAUGUCACAUUCAACUGGCUAUACUAAACUCUCAUUUUGCAAUAUAUGAUAAAUUGUUAUUUGCAGUUUGCAGCUAUAGAUUAGGAUUAAUGUGUAAAACAUAUUUCUAACAAACAGAUCUUAUCUGAAGCCCUGUCAUAUUAACUAGUUAUACAAUAAUACGAUGAAACAAAUUCAGAAAUAA